AUGGCAGACGUAGAAUACGAACCCGGCAGCGAAGCCGCCUCGAACAUUCUAAAGGACCUACAAGAAAAACUUCAAACCGACACGGAACUCCAAGAACGAGCUCAGGAGUUAAUAUUGAAUAUCCAAGAUAUUCGAGCCAGCGUCAAUGCUGCAAAAGCUGGAGCUGGAACUCAUAGAAGAGGAGGGGAUGAAGUUCAACUCAUUGCCGUAUCGAAGUUAAAACCCGCGAGCGAUAUAUUAGCAUUACACGCCGCGGCCGACGGUGGACAGGUACACUUCGGAGAGAAUUACAUCCAAGAGUUAUGGAAGAAACAUGCGAUACUACCUACUACGAUAUCAUGGCAUUUCAUCGGUGGAUUACAGACAUCAUCGAUUUCAAAGCUAGCGAGGAUUAGGAAUCUUUAUGCUGUUCAUUCUAUCGAUUCUGCGAAGAAGGCGGUGACGUUGAAUCGGUUGAGGCCAGAUGGUUUCCCUGUUGUUAAUGUCUUCGUGCAGGUUAAUACCUCCGGGGAGGAUUCGAAGUCUGGGGUGGAACCUGAGGUGGAUGGCGGGGAGUUGUGGGAUGUUAUAUCUACGAUAAGGAAGGAAUGUCCGAAGUUGAAUUUGGUGGGGUUGAUGACUAUUGGGGCUAUUGCUAGGAGUCAGGCUGCUAAGGAAGGGGAGGAGAAUGAGGAUUUUGUGGCUUUGGUUAAGGUUGCUGAAGGGUUGGAAGGGAGGAUUGAGAGGGAGGAAGGGGUGAAGGUUGAGUUGAAGUUGAGUAUGGGGAUGAGUGAUGAUUUUGAGAGUGCAAUUGGGAUAGGGGCUGGGUUUGUUAGGGUUGGGAGUAGUAUCUUUGGAGCGAGGCCGAAGAAGGCGGAUGCUAGUAUUCUAUAG